AUGCCCAACAAACCGCAUGAAGUGGCAAAAGAUGAAUUCACUAAUAUUCUCAAUCAAAAGUUCGCCCAGAUGAAUCUGUCUCGUGCUUUACGAAAGACCGGAUCUACAACAAGGACUCAUGGAAUCUGGAUCAAGGAGCCAGAUGCUUCGUGGAAACCAAAAUCGUUAUCAGCUGAACAAGCCAGUCCCUCACUUAUUCUUGAAGUUGGCCUUUCGGAAGCUACCGGUAAAUUAGUUCUUGAUACUCGAGGAUGGAUUGAGGCUGCAGAUUCUCAAGUUCAGAUUGCCAUUCCUGUUCGGGUUAUGCGGGAAAAACCAAAUAUUUCCUGUUCAAAUCUGGGAGAGAGCAGCGUCCACUCCUCCUCAAAUUACUCGACACCUAUCGAACAGGACAUUGUUAUUAGUCAACAAGAACUCGAAGACAUUGCUCGGGAAGUCUGGGAAGUGCAAGGAUUUGCAUAA